AUGACAUCUGAAUUGGUGCACGACUGUAUUCGUAAUGACCUCUUAUGCCGACUACGGUGGAAUUUGUUGGCCGACUUGCACAAUAUCGAAAUUGUGGUAGGGCCUAAGAACGAAGAGAAGACAGUCCCGCUAUUUGACCACCCCUCUGCGAAUGAUGACAUCAGUGAGCCUGGUCUGAGCCGCAUUGAGGUGAACAGCCGCGAAUGUCUCGAAAAGUUCUACCUCUCGUACGAUUCUGACCCAGAGCCGGACGGUUAUCGACCCCCACCCUCUCUCAUCGUUUCAAACGAAGACGGAAGGUCCAUUACGUUGAGGCAGUUUGUUACCGAAGUGCAUGCCUACCUGAACGAGCAUUUGGACGAAGUCAAAAGCGCUCAGAGAGUAAUGGCCGGGACGCCUUGGUCAGAGACGAUGCUGUUCUACCGGCGUGCCUGGCCAAGGAGAACCGAUGGUGGUAACAUCAUUGUGAACGUCGAAUUAAUGCCUCACGCUCGGGAUGCCGAUUUCAUAGAGAAGCUUUGGGCUGCUCAACUGAUACAGGCCCAUGCGUACGAACAACGGCGACGGGCCUGGGCGCCGCGAAAUGCGAGCAGUGCACUUACUUUCUUCUGA